UGUGAAUUUUUGUAAAAAUAAAAAAAAAGGGAGAAAAGAGCGAGAGAAAGGAUUUGAAGAAGGAAGAUGGAGAGUAAUUGUCAUCCUUUACUGAGGGGAGGGAGAAGAGAAACCAAGUACAGUCAUGGGGUUCCUUCAUCUGAAAUGGAGGCACUGACUAGUAUUUGUGAGGCCUUUUUGCCCCCUCUGCCAUUGGGUUCUCUUGAAAUCCCAGAAAGAUGUGAUCUUGAUGCCCAAACCGUUGAACACUUCCAUGAAGCUUGUGGCUCUCAGUAUCCUGUUCCUGAUGAGGUUGCAGAAAUGAUUAUGAAAAGGGGGUUCUUUGAGGCUGUGAUCUUGGUGAGAGGGCUAUUGAAGGUUCUUUCAACUAGGCUGGGAACACUUCUGCUCUGUGGGUUUCUCUGUCUUGGGGACAAAUGGCCAUAUGUUAACAAAUUCUCAGACAUUCCUGUGGAGAAAAGAGCCACUGUAAUUCAGAAAUGGUACAAGAAUAGCCUUCUGACUCCUGUCAGAUUAGCUUUUGUGUUUGUCAAAUUCUUGUGUUUCUAUGUGUUCUUCACCCAGGUUGGUGUGGACUUGAAAAAUCCAGCAUGGGAUGCUGUGGGAUAUCGAGUGGAUGGUGAUGAUAAUGAUGAUGAUGAGAAGUCGUCGAAGAAGUCUGGUGAGGAAGAGAAAGAAAGGCCUCUUGAGAAAGGGAUAGUAGAAACCAGAAACGAAACCGAAUGUUCAGUGAUCAAUUCCCUUGUUAAGAAAGGCCUAAAAGCGAGAGAAGAUCCUGUAAAGAAUCAGAUAAAGAUUGAGUGUGAUGUUGUGAUCGUUGGGUCGGGGUGUGGUGGGGGGGUGGCUGCAGCUGUUCUUGCGGGUUCAGGGCAGAAAGUGUUGGUGCUCGAGAAAGGGAACUAUUUCACGAGCUCCGAUUAUUCUUCCCUGGAAGGGCCUUCCAUGAAUGAGUUGUAUGAAAAUGGUGGAAUCCUCCCAACUCUUGAUGGGAAAAUGAUGGUUUUGGCUGGCUCUACACUCGGUGGUGGCUCGGCUGUUAACUGGUCGGCCUGCAUCAAAACGCCCAAGUCCACGAUGCAAGAAUGGUCUAAGCAUCACAAGAUCACGCUCUUCGCUAGCCCCCAGUACGUUUCUGCAAUGGAUAAAGUGUGUGAAAGACUCGGUGUCACAGAGAAUUGCCCCGAGGAGGGGUUCCAGAACAAGAUUCUGAGAAAAGGGUGUGAAAAUCUUGGACUUGAAGUUGAGAAAGUGCCCAGAAACUCCUCAGAAAACCACUAUUGUGGUUCUUGCUGCUAUGGCUGCAAAAAAGGGGACAAGAAGGGCACUGAUUCAACAUGGUUGGUUGAUGCUGUAAACUGUGGUGCAGUGAUCUUAACGGGCGUUGAAGCCGAGAGGUUUCUGCUGCAAAAGAGCCCGAAUGGGAAAACGAGGGAGAAGAAAUGCAUCGGAGUGGUUGCCACGAGCACGAAUAUGAGAAGGAGAAUAUGCAUUGAGGCCAAAGUGACCAUUUCGGCUUGUGGCUCUCUCAGAACACCUCCCCUGAUGGUCUCGAGUGGACUAACGAACCCAAACAUAGGCCGGAACCUCCACCUCCACCCAGUCUUAAUGGCGUGGGGGUACUUCCCGGACUCCAAUUCAAACCUCCCGGGCAAAAUCUACGAAGGAGGCAUAAUCACCUCAGUACAUAAAGUGGGCACUACUGAAUCCAAUGUGAAAGCCAUUAUCGAAACUCCAAUCCUCGGGCCAGGUUCAUUCGCUGCAAUUUUCCCCUGGAAUUCUGGCCAGCAAAUCAAGAACACAAUGCUCAAGUAUUCAAGAACUGCACACCUCUUCGCAAUGGUUAAAGAUAAGGGAACCGGAGAAAUAAGAACCCCGGGGAGAAUAAGCUACAAAUUCGACACAUUGGACAAAGAAAACCUGGCAUCCGGGCUACGCCAAGCACUGAGGAUCCUAAUUGCAGCAGGAGCUACAGAAGUGGGCACUCAUCUCAGCAAUGGCCAGAAAAUCAAGUGCAAAGGCACGAGCAAAGACGAGAUCGACGAGUUCUUGGACACAGUCAUCGCCCCCGAGGGGCCAAAGUCUCUCACCAAGAACUUCACCACUUACUCCUCGGCUCACCAAAUGGGGAGCUGCAGAAUGGGGAUCACAGCAGCAGUAGGAGCAGUAGACGAGAACGGGGAGAGCUGGGAAGCAGAAGGGCUGUUCGUCUGUGAUGCCAGCGUCCUUCCUGGAGCUGUCGGGGUUAACCCGAUGAUCACCAUCCAGUCCACUGCAUUCUGCCUCUCCAAGAAGAUUGCAGAUAUGUUCAAAGAAGGCAGAUUCUCGUGUUGAUCGAUUCCUAUAUAUACAUAUACACAUACAUAUUCUCGUCUUUGUAAAAUCCAUUUGGUUGUGAUAUUCUCAUCUCAUAAGUCAUACCCAAUAAGUUGUGCCUGUAAGUCUGUAACAGUUUCUGGGAACUCGAUUUUCUUGAUAUUUACUAAGAAUAAUGAUCAUGUUUUAUUCA